GUAGGCAGAUGGUGUUGGUGAAGACACAGACACGUUUCCUGCUCAGAAGUUUUGUGUGUCAGUCUCAGUCAUUGUCAACAUGUCUGCUGUCGGCCUGAAGCUCGUAACCCUCCUCUGCUUCUCCUGCACGGCCCUGAGUGACCCAGAAAGGAGCAAAGUGGUGUGGAAAAAAGCUGGAGAAACCGUCACCAUCGAGUGCAGGACGUCUGAAACAACUCAUGACUCUCUGGAUCUGUGCAGGGGUUUCUGUGACAACGAUAAAGUCGUUUACGUGAAACCAAAAAGUGUUAAAACUCUGCCAGCAUUCGGAGACAGGGUUCACGUCACUGGAGGAUUUCCCAACGUGGACAUUUCAAUAAAAAACUUGACUUCUGCUGACACAACGCCGUACUGGUGUGUGUACAAGAAAUUUGACGUGAACACCGGUAACUUAAAUGCGAAGUCCGGAGGAUCGGUCUACCUGGUGGUGGCAGAAGAUGGGGAUGGGUCUGCCAAUGGAAAACAAGCAUGUGAUACAGAUCAACAGAUGCUGCUGCUGGUGACUGUUGUGAUCUCUGCUGUUGUGCUGGGUGGACUCAUCCUGGGCGUCCUCAUCUGGAUCGCCCUCAAGAACAAGACUUUUCGGGUGUCAGAGAAACCGAGACGUGUCCCCAACAAUGAGGUUUACGAGGACAUGCGCGCCACCAUCAGACGCUGAGGACGUCUGGAACCUGAAACCAUACAGCCUCCGCUCCACUGGGGCGCAUCAGAAGUGAUGCAUGCAAGGAAGUGUAGCAACUGAACAUGUUUUCUAGAAUGUCUCUUCAGGAUGUCAGUGUGUCAGUGAGAAGCUGCAGAGACAUUGCUAAAUUGGAAGAAGGUGCAAGGCAGCAGAACAGGUCAUUACGGUUCAGUGAAGCACAAACAUCACAAUUUGAAUUUGAAAUACAUCUUCUUUCAUGUCAGUACUUUUUUUUUAUAGUUUUGUAAAGUUUAUACCGUGAUGACAGAUGAUUUAUUUUUUUAACAAAAUUCAUUCAUUUUCAUUUGAAUGCUUUGUAUUGUGAUAAUAACUGCAAUU